CGCCUAAGACUACAGGAAUUUGCAUGGUGAGGUGUCCGUAAUGUAUCCUACGCUGUGGAUGUGGCUGGCUGUUUGUUAAGGGAAAAUCUAAUACGAUGUGCUUACAAUGAAUGAACUAUGAUCUCAAAGUCUGUGUAACUGCCUGCUUUGUCUUCAUAGCUUUUCUCAUCUGAGGUCGAUGAAGUUUGGACACGGUGUGAAAAACACUAAUUUGGUGUCUGGACAGGUUAUGUCACCCCUUAAUUUAAAAAGAUAAAGAUAAGCUCUUUGUUGAGUUCUGUUUCUUUUGAUUUAGGAAACAGAUGUUACCAUGGCACUUGCACAAAGAAAUGCUUAAUCAGCAUAUCCUGAUGACUAUAAGUCUGUAUAUGGCUCCUCUAAGGCUGUAAAAGCCAGUUUGGGGUGAAGUCGACCCUUUCCUUGAGUGUCAAACCUCUGUUGGAGAAACUUCAGUUUAACAACCUCCUGUGAAGAUGUUUUCUGCUCUGAAAAAGCUGGUUGGCUCAGAGCCACUUGUCCAGCAAAAGGAGAAGAACAUUCCUGCAGGUCUCCAGUCCAUGAACCAGAGCCUGCAGAGACGAUUUGCCAAAGGGGUGCAAUACAACAUGAAGAUUGUGAUCCGUGGGGACAGGAACACGGGGAAGAGCACGUUAUGGCAGCGGCUUCAGGGGGGGAAAUUCCAGGAAGAGUACAUCCCCACACAGGAGAUCCAAGUCACCAGCAUCCACUGGAACUACAAGACUACAGAUGACGUGGUGAAGGUGGAAGUGUGGGAUGUGGUGGAUAAAGGCCAAAAAAUCCCUCUUCCUGAAGGUAUAGGCAAGAGUAAAAAGUGGAGUGAAACCCUGAAGCUGGAGAAUGAACCCCAAGAGUCUGAGAAUGAGAUGGCCUUGGAUGCCGAGUUUUUGGACGUGUAUAAGAACUGCAAUGGCGUCAUCAUGAUGUUCGACAUUACAAAGCAAUGGACUUACAACUAUGUUUUGCGGGAGCUGCCCAGGGUUCCAACUCACAUGCCCGUGUGCGUGCUGGGUAACCAUCGAGACAUGGGUGAGCACAGGGUAAUCCUGCCUGAUGACAUCAGAGACUUCAUCACUAGCCUUAACAGGCCGCCGGGCUCUUCCUACAUACACUACGCCGAAUCGUCCAUGAAAAAUGGCUUCGGCCUGAAAUAUUUGCACCGAUUUUUCAACAUUCCUUUCUUGCAGCUUCAGAGAGAGACGCUGUUACGCCAGUUGGAGACUAAUCAGCUGGACAUCGAUGCCACUCUGGAGGAGCUCACAGUUCAGCAGGAGACCGAGGAUCAGAACUAUGAAAUAUUCCUGGAGAUGAUCGAGUCCCGCGCCAAAGGCUACACCUCGCCUGCCGCCGCCAACGGCCAGAGUCCUUCCUCAGGCUCCCAGUCUCCCGUGGUGGUGGCAGGCGGCAGUUCGACGGGCAGCUCCAGCCCUGGCACGCCCCAGCAGCCUGCCGUGGGAGUUUUGCAGAGUGCUCGUUCCCCCUCCUCCUCUCCGUCACCCCCUCCACCGCCCCUCCCGCAGGGCCAGAUGCCCGUCGCCCCCGAAGCGCGCUCUCCGGAGAGGCCCGCCCCCUGCCUGCCCUCUGCUCCCCUUCCUGCCCCCGUGCCGGCCCCCUCUCCGGUUCAGCUGCCCCAGAAACGCAGCUUUAUCUCCAGGCUGUUUGGCUCAACCCCUGCCCCGGAACACCCAGCAGCCGUACCGGAGGUGGAGUCAGUAGCCUCAGAAGCACCACGCACAGUUCAGAGUGUGGACGACUUUGAGCCUGACGGGGGACUGGAUAAGAGUUUCCUAGAGGACCGUGUGCCCUCCAGCACAAAACACAGCAUGGACACCCAGCUGCAGGCAGCCAAUCUGGACAGCGACAGUGACGGUGAAGGGAAAGGGGGCAACCCCAUGGUCGCAGGAUUCCAAGAUGAUCUGGAUCCUGACGAUGCCGAGCAGAGCCGGUUGGAGACCAGAGCCUCUGACACUGGUAAACAUCUGGACAUCACAUUAUCCAGCGAUGAGGGAGAAGAGAUGGCCCCGCCUCCCAUAGCUCAGGAUGCGCCUCUGGAGCUUGUACCCAGCAAAAAUCUGGCUGAUCUGAAUUCAUUAACACUAGUGGAGACACCCAAAUGCCUGGAAGCUGCACCUUCACUCCAGCCGAAGGUGACUGACAGCAGACGGGCUGAGUCAGCUGUCCUCACUCCGGCCCCUGGCCAGCCCACACAGAUGUCUGCAGAGGCCAGGGGAUCAGUGGGGCGAGCGGCCCAGCACGGCAGGAGGAAAGUGGGGGUAGUUCAGGGCGACUCCUCUGACACAGACCCCGAGGGCCCGGUUGCUCAGCAGAUGCUGUCCUUUGUCAUGGACGACCCCGAUUUCGAGAGCGAGGAGGAGCAUGUGCAGAAGGUUAACAAGGAGGCCUUUCCUGUCAGGGCCAACCUCUCUGACCUUUCGGAUGAUGACCUCGUCCCUGUCAAGACCACGGACCCUCUGAAGCCGUCUUUGCGCUCCUUCAAGGUCACGGACGACGGCGACCUCUUCGGCCUGGGCAUCGAAGAGAAGACGGCCAAGAGCAAAGAGAGCAGUGAGGAGCCAGAUGAGAAAGAAAGCAGGCAUGGAGCGAAGGAAAAGAAGAAAAAGAAAAAGAAGACUAAAGAGGAUGAAGAGAAAAGUAGCAAAAAGAAGCACAAACACAAGAAAAAGGAGCGAGAGGAGGUGACGGGAGCUGCUGAGGAGAAGGAGAAGAAGAAGAAAAAGUCCCGGAGCAAGAAGGCAGGGGAGCUGGACGACCUGGAGGCCUUCCUGGCCGGAGGGGAAGGGUCUGUCCCCAGGGAGGAGGGAGACUACGAGGAGCUUUAGAGGACUACGCGGGAUCAGAAGGCCACGCAGUGUGUAUCUGUGCUCUUCGCCUCAGCAUGCCCCUGGCAAACAAAGGCGUUUCAUAGCAGCGCAGUACUCGGCUUGUAAUGAUUGUGUGUGUGAUUGUGUGUGUGUGUGUGAGAGAGAGGGAGACAGAGAGAGACAGAGAAUAUUAUUGUUGGAAACACAGGAAAUGUUAGUUCGCUUCACUUUUACACCACAGAGGGCAGAUUUUUCCCAGCACUCCAACUGCAAUAAGUGAAGAUACUGACCACUGCUGCGUCCUGCAUGGAACAACUUCCUGAAAUUGACCGGCUACCUGCCUGCUGGAUUAUCUACCUUAUCCUCUCAACCCCUACUCCCCCACCCUUUUUUUUUUUUAACAUUUUGCUUCAUUUAUGUCAUCUUUUCAUAGUCACUCCCAAAACAAACCACAGUUCUUUGCUCUAAAGUGCAUUGAUGUAUAAACUGUCCUUAUGUAAAGAGCGUGUUUCUUCAAACCUUGGUGCAUGACUCCAGGUUAUUUUCUGUACAUUUCAUUUUGGUGUAUUGCGUAGGUAAAAUGCUGUAUACCACCUGUGUAAACAUAUUGGUUCCUUGAGUGGCUUAUUUUGGGAUGUAACGCUUAAUACGUCCUGCAGGUUAUAAAUUAGGUCUUUGUAAAUUACGUUGUAUUUCUUGUUCAGAAAUGACUCCAAGCUUCAGUCAGAAAAUCUUUUUUUGAGUUAUAACUGAGUUGGCCUGUGUUUCUCUGUUGCUUGCUCAUGUACAUUUAACAUAGGUUAGUAAAAUAUAUCUAAUAUGGAAAUCCAGGAGGUCCAGAGUAGUUCUCAGGUUGUUAGCUACCGCAUAUUCAAAAGAAACUUAAAUAGCUCUUCAGUCUUUUGAGGAUGCUAUGAGACUGCAUGCCCUGCACACGUAGUUACACGCACGCACACACACACACACACAGUUCUACUAGUUUUGAAGCACUACUGCACCUCCUGCCAACUACACAGGUCAUAAAGAACCUCACCAUGCAGCUGCGAUUGAAUGGGUUGCAAUAGACGAUAAUCUUUGGUCGACUCCUUUCCUCACUCCCUUGUUAGCACAGUAUAGCAUCAUUGUGAGUUUCACUUUUUCAGUUAGAUGUUUAGCAGAUUUGCUGCAAAAUCUUUUAUGUUUAUUAGUAGUGUUUAAUAUUGGUAUUAUUGCUAUUUUAUUUACCUUUCACUUGAAACCAAACGUUAAGUGCAAUGAACUCGUCUCUUCAACUGUAAAUCUUUUUAAAUCGUACUUUUAAAAUUGUUUGCCACUUUUAGGUUAUGUUGUGAAUAGUGUGUAUGACUGCUAAGAAAAAAAUGUGCUAC